UCGAAACUUCGGCAACGGAGAGAGAGUGAUCGAGGAAAGGAAGUCAAGGUGGUAAUGCCAGCUUUGCCACAAUGCAGAAGGUUUCCUCUGAAAAUCAAGAAAGUCUAAAACAACAGAUGCCAAAUCUACCAGCUGCUACACAGUUUCCACAUUUGCAAGCACAACAAUCAGUAUCGAUGGAAACACAAUCAGCAUACGAGGAAGUACAAUCUGCAUACAAGAAAGCACAGUCAGCGUAUUUGCAAGCAAAUUUUGUAUACUUGCAAGCACAGACCGCGUACCGCAAAUCGACACCACAAUUGUCAUCGCAAUUGCCUCUUCCGCCAUUGCCACCACCACCUCCAAUGUCCAUGCCAUCUCGAUUGUCUGGAUUCGGCCUGACAUCAUCCGCUUCCAACCAAGCUCCACCACAAAUGCCAUCACAGCUUCCUUAUCCAUCACUUUCAAUGUCGAUGACAAAUCGGUUGUUUUACUACACUUCAGCUUCUAAUCAAGCUCAACAUUUGCUGAAUUUACAAGCACAAUUGGCAAACUUACGAGCACAAUUCACAAAACUGCAAUUGUCAUCGCGGUUACCUCCACCACCACCACCACCUCCAAUGCCGGUGCCAACUCAGACUUCGGCUUUUAACCAAGCUCCAUGUUCUCUUUCUCUUGAGCAGACACUCCAACAAAAUUGUAGGAACCUUGCUGAAAAUGGUGUUGCUUUAAACAGAAUAACAUCGAAUAUGCCGAUGCCACCUCAGUUAUCUAACAUCACUUCGGCUUCCAAUCAAGCUCAACAGAUAUUGAAUCUACAAGCACAGUUUGCAGAACUGCAAGCACAAUUCACAAAACUGCAAUUGUCAUCGCAACCAACUCAGACUCCGGCUUCUAACCAAGUUCCAUGUUCUCUUCCUCUUCAACAACAACUCCAACAGAAUGGCAAGAACCUUACUGAAAGUGGUGAUAGCACAUUUGCUUUAAACAGAAUGGCAGCAACCUUGCAUCCAAUGUCAGUGCAACCUCAGUUCUCUGGUCUCAUGACUUCAACUUCCAAUCAAGCUCAACAAAUUCUGAAUCUACAAGCACAAUUUGAAGAAUUGCAAGCACAAUUCUCAAAACUGCAAUUGUCAUCACAACCAACUCAGACUUGGGUUUCUAACCAAGUUCCAUGUUCUCUUCCACUUCAAGAGCAACUCCAACAGAAUGACAUUGGUGAUGAUGAUGAUGACCUUCAAAGUACUGCAGGUUCUAGAUAGACAUCAUGAUUCUAGCUUUUCUCAUGAACCUCUUCUAGCUAGAUGAAGUUUUAAUCUAAUAAAAAUUUUAUAUAACUUGGAUAAGACAACCCUAUGUUGGUUCUCAGAAA